AUGAAGUCCCAGGCUGCAACUGAAAGGCUGAAGUUUUUUAUCACUCAGUACAAUUUAUCCUUCAUUGCUUUGCAAGAACCAUUCAUCAAGGAGGAUAAGAUUGAAACUUACAAAAAUACACUUGGCAUGCAAGAUUGCUUUGCCAACUCUAGUAACAAGAUUUGGAUUUUCUGGAAAGCUGGCUUUCAUUGGAAGAUUUUCUACAUCUCAAUUGUUUAUGCUAAAUCAAGAUCUACUGGGAGAGAAGACUUAUGGAGAUAUAUGAGGAUCUUUGCCUCCACCAUCGACCAACCUUGGUCAGUUAGUGGGGAUUUUAAUUGUAUCUUAAAUGAAGAAGAGAAAUAUGGAGGAAGACCAUACAGUUUGAACAAAAGCAUCCCCUUUAUUGAUUGUUUAAAUGACUGUGGGCUAUCAGAUAUGGGAUUUACUGGAAAUGCAUUCACUUGGUGUAAUGAGAGAAAGGAACAAGAAAUCAUAUGGAAGAUAUUGGAUAGAGUUUUGGCUAAUGAGAAAUGGGAUGAAGAUAUUGGAAAUACUACAAUUCAACAUUUGCCAAGACUUAGUUCGGAUCAUUGCCCCUUCUCAUCAGAUUUUGUUAUGAAGAAAAAACUUUCAUCAGAUACUUUAAGUUUCUUAAUUUCUGGGCUGAUCAUAAAGAUUUCCUUGAUACUGUCAAGUCUAAUUGGAAAACUGAUACUAAUGGGUGGAUGCAUACUGGAGACAAAAGCACACCUGAAAUGGCAUUUGGAGGGGGAUGAAAACACGAAGUACUUUCAUAACAUUGUCCGGGGAAGGAGGAAACACCUUCAAAUCAACAAAAUCUUGGAUAAUGACAAUUGGCUGGAAGAAGAGGAGGAUGUAGCAGCUGCUGCCGUGAGACCAAUCAGUUUGAGCAAUGUUUCUCAAAAAAUCAUUUCUAAAGUUAUCAAUGAUAGAUUGGCUAAUAUUAUUCCCAAGAUUAUUUCCCCUAAUCAAAGUGGAUUUGUCAAAGGUAGGGCUAUAGGGGAAAAUGUUCUUUUAGCUCAAGAAAUAAUCCAUGAUAUUAGAAAGCCUAACAAAGGGAGUAAUGUUGCUAUUUAA